GCAGACGCAGGCGCUGGCCGCCGAGGAGCCAGAGAGAAAGUUCCCGGGGACAGUUCGCCUGCGGGAGGGCCCAAACUGUGGUCGCUGGCCGAGUGGGUCUCGAGUCCCGCGAGUGCUGCGCGUGGUCCUCCUGCACGCACUUGGCUGCCCGGGCCCUGCUUUCCGAGCAGAGGAGCCUCGCGGGCGGGCAACCGGGGCGGUCGGGGCUAAACUUGGACAAGGAGGAUGCUGCGAGUGGGCGCGGCGGCUCGGGGCGCGGGGGCGCUCGCCAAGCACUGAUUGCUCCCGGUGGACUCCGAGCGCGCCGAGAAGCAGUGGGCAGGUAGCGGCUCCAAGCGCCCGGACUGCGCCAAGCCGACCAGCAGGGCCGCCAGCGCCACCGUGCAGGCGUCGUCUCCUCGCCACGGAGUCAUGGUGCGAGCAGCGCGCACGCCCCGCGCGGAACUCUGAGCUCCGGCCGUGCAGUGUGCCCCCUCCUCUGGUAUUCCCAUCCGGACUACCCGUGCCUGCCUUGCUCGCAGACCAUGAAACUAUCUCCCGGAGCCACUUGCCUCUGAGCUGCUCACCCCGCUGCAGCCCCAACGCCGCUGGGCCACAGACAGCGCUCCAACCCUUGAAGCUCCGGAUCUUCUUCCAGGGACACCGGGCAGACGGAGAUGGCGCUCCGUGGACUCAUCCGGCAGUGCAAAGUUCGCCGGAGGCGAGAGAUGCUGCCGCAGCAAGUUGGCUUCGUGUGCGCUGUGUUCGCCCUGGUGUGCUGUGCCUCCGGCCUCUUUGGAAGCUUGGGCCACAAAACAGCUUCUGCUGGCAAACACGUUCUGCCAGACACGUGGCGAAAUAGAAAGUUGAUGGCACCGAUAAAUGGGACUCCACUGGCUAAGAACUGCACAGAUCCUGCGAUCCACGAGUUCCCUACAGACCUGUUCUCCAACAAAGAACGACAGCAUGGCGCUGUCCUGCUACACAUCCUUGGUGCACUCUAUAUGUUCUACGCCCUGGCCAUCGUGUGUGAUGACUUCUUUGUCCCAUCCCUAGAGAAGAUCUGUGAGAAACUUCAUCUGAGUGAAGAUGUGGCGGGUGCCACCUUCAUGGCUGCAGGAAGCUCGACACCAGAGCUGUUUGCUUCUGUCAUUGGUGUGUUCAUCACCCAUGGAGAUGUCGGUGUAGGAACGAUUGUGGGCUCAGCUGUGUUCAACAUCCUAUGUAUCAUUGGAGUGUGUGGACUCUUUGCUGGACAGGUGGUGCGGUUGACGUGGUGGGCUGUGUGCCGUGACUCUGUGUACUACACACUCUCUGUCAUCGUACUCAUUGCGUUCAUAUACGAUGAGGAAAUUGUGUGGUGGGAAGGUCUGAUCCUCAUCAUCUUGUACGUGUUUUAUAUUCUCAUCAUGAAGUACAAUAUGAAGAUGCAGACGUUUUUCACAACCAAACAAAAGAGCAUUGCAAAUGGUAACCCAGUCAGCAACGAGCUGGAAGAUGGUAAUGACCUCUAUGAUGGUAGCUUUGAUGACCCAUCUGUGCCAUUGCUGGGGCAAGUGAAGGAGAAACCUCCCUAUGGCAAGUCCCCCGUGGUGAUGGUGGAUGAGAUUCUCAGCUCCAGUCCUCCCAAGUUCACCUUCCCUGAGGCUGGCCUGCGCAUCAUGAUCACCAACAAGUUUGGGCCCAGGACCCGACUACGGAUGGCCAGCAGGAUCAUAAUUAAUGAACGACAGAGGUUGAUCAACUCGGCCAAUGGUGUUAACAGCAAGCCACUGCAAAAUGGGAGACACGAGAACAUGGAGAAUGGAAAUGUCCCUGUAGAGAACCCUGAAGACCCACAGCAGGGCCAGGAGCAGCAGCCGCCACCACAGCCGCCACCCCCAGAGCCUGAGUCGGUAGAGACGGUCUUCCUGUCGCCCUUCUCAAUGCCUGAGGCAAAAGGCGACAAGGCUAAGUGGGUGUUCACUUGGCCCCUCAUCUUCCUCCUGUGCGUCACCAUCCCCAACUGCAGCAAGCCUCGCUGGGAGAAGUUCUUCAUGGUCACCUUCAUCACGGCCACUCUGUGGAUCGCGGUGUUCUCCUACCUCAUGGUGUGGCUGGUGACUAUUAUUGGAUACACACUUGGGAUCCCUGAUGUCAUCAUGGGCAUCACUUUCCUGGCAGCAGGCACGAGUGUCCCAGACUGCAUGGCCAGCUUAAUUGUGGCGAGACAAGGGCUUGGCGACAUGGCAGUCUCUAACACCAUCGGAAGCAACGUGUUUGACAUCCUGGUGGGGCUUGGCAUCCCAUGGGGCCUGCAGACCAUGGUUAUUAAUUAUGGAUCCACAGUGAAGAUCAACAGCCGGGGGCUGGUCUAUUCCGUGGUGCUGCUGCUGGGCUCUGUGGCUCUCACUGUCCUUGGCAUCCACCUCAACAAAUGGCGCCUGGACAGGAAGCUGGGCAUCUACGUGCUGGUCCUCUAUGCCGUCUUUCUGUGCUUCUCAAUAAUGAUAGAGUUUAACGUCUUUACCUUCGUCAACUUGCCCAUGUGCAGAGAAGACGACUAAAGCUGAGCUGUCACCCAGGAAAGUGCUGUGGCCACCACGGGGCUGGUGUCCUCUCUCUCUCUUUCUCCGCACAGGUCUCGACUGCCUUGGCAGCCACUGUCAACUCUUUCAUGAGCUGGAAGGAAGGGCCACCAUGGUCUUUGGUCAUGGGCCAAGCUGCUGGGCAUCUGUCCCUGCGUGACAGGGUCCAGUCAUUAUUUGAACAGCUCCACAGACUCUUGGCUACCAGCUGCGGGGAUGCAUCCUGUCUCUUCUCUCUUGCACACUUGAGUCAAAAGGACUUCUGUGUGCCGUUUGUCUUUUUGUUACAUGGGCAGCCUCAGAAAUGAGUCAGCCAGUGAACACGAGGUGUCCUAGGUGAGUGCAAAGUAGGGCCAGAGGCAAGCGUCACCUCUGGGCCUGGAGAAAGCAAGCAAUGUCAUCAUGACUCUGCUGGAAACAACUGGAAACUUAGAAGAGACACGGCAUCAACCCGCAGGGGCUUUCGACCACUGCAGUUAUAGGAAAAAUAGGAAGAGUGGAAAAGUAAUUUCCCAAUAGAGGAGAGAAAAGCAAGCAAAUACUGUUAUCCUUUUUAUUGACACAUUCAGAAACUGAGCAAUGAAAUAUUAAAAAUAAAACGUCACAUAUAGAUCACCAUACUUGAAGACUAUCAUUCCACACAAAAGGAUCAUUAACAGGGAACAAAAAGGUGACCCUCGGAGAAAAAUUAGCCCUCUGUGUGUCAUCCCAUGCUGGCUCCAAGACGAUUUGGUUUGGAAUAUAGGAAAGGUGGAAGACCACCCAGAAACAGGUGCUAACUCAGAGACACAGUGGGGAAUGUAGUCACAGCUACACAUUUCAGACCUUAGGAGGCCAGCCCUGUCCUGUCAGGUUUGUAACUUCUCUGUUAAUGAUCUGCUACAGAACUACCCUGUCGGAAGACACAAUGUUUAUAUUGUUCAUAUACCCAAGCAAUUGCAGAAGCGAUGGUUAAUGACAAGAAGAGAGCCUCAACAAAUCGCUCUCUCUGGUUAACUGAAUUGAAAAAACAUACCUUAGAGUUGUUAGAACUAAGUCUUUUCAACUUCAGAGUUUGCUACAGCAAGCAAGGCCAGGGAUGGCAGAUGGACCCAAACAUAGGAAAACACGAAACAAUGUUUGACUGCUUUGUAGCUCUGUGUAACAGAUUCAUGACUCUAAACCAUCCCUGGGUUCUAAUGAGAAAGCACAAAUUAAUUUUAUAUAGUGAGGUUUUUAUUUUUUUAAUGUUUCUAUUGCAAAAGUCUAUCAGAUCCGAUGCACUUUGAAUACUGAGAUAUUUUGCACAGUAGAGGGCAUGGGAAUGACCCAGGGUAACGAGAGGAGGGUUUUUAGUGAUUUUAAUCUUGGUGGCUCCUGUAAAUCCAGCAGCCCAGUCCUUCUGGGCCCGAGGUGGAAUUUGUAGCACCGUUCUCUGAAUUUCAAGGGACAAAGCAUUCAAGCUUGUGUUCCUUAAGUUCCCUUAGUAGAACUGCAUUGAGACCUCGCUCCCAUUACCAGCCUUCUGUUUGAGGUUCACAUCAGUAUUAGUAGCUCGACUAAGUCAAGGCUUUGCUUUUUGUCUAUCUGGAUAAGGUCAGUGGUCUCCAGAAUGAGGCAGCAUAAUUUCCCUUAAAAAGAAGAGCUAAUAGGCUAAGGGAAGGAGUCUGAAGGUGCCUCAGUGUAAAUUCAGCUUCAAGAGGCUUCAGAGUUGAUCUACUCCCUAGUAGCUCAUAUAACACACACACACACACACACACACACACACACACACACACACACCUCCCUUUCACAGAUGCAUGUAAGCUCUGAGUGCUUCUGUCUCCCUGUAGAGCCUCCUAACGCCUCUGUAGUGUACGCAUGGGUCAGCAAUCGACACCAAGUGACUCUAGUUUAGCUUCAGGAUGUAGCAGAGCCGAGGCCAAAGUUACUCAUCACUCCUCCUGCUCUGGCUGGUGCACCAGAUUGGCCAGCCCGGCACAGUGGGGUGAUGGUGAAUUUGCUGUGAGUUGGGGGUAUGAAUCUUACUUCUUGGGUCAAGACCCCGCGGAAUGCUUAACUUACCCAGAAAUUUUUUUCAAAUCGUAUUCUAACACCUGCCCUAGUGGAUUGCCUGUUUUUUUUCCUGCAAAAGACCAACCACUAUUUUUGAGACGUGAAGGCCCAAUUCACAGUGCCUGAGGGUCUGCACUGUGUUUUGUAUCCCUGCAGCCUCCGUCUACCCCUCAGAAGCUUCUAGAAAGCGAUACAGUGUCUCACAACUGCAGUUGGAAGCUGAAAGUUACAUUUUCAGUAUGAAGGGCACACCUUGUGCUGGUCUUCCUUGAAAUGUGCCAACGAUCCUCAAAGGCUCUGGUCAUCUCUUAUAUCUAAGAAACUACAGGUUGAAAGUGAAAAUUUUCUCUGUUCUUAACUAAAUACUUUUCCUCAUGAGUUUAAAGAGUCAUUUGGUAAUAUAGGCCUUCGUUUUUUGAAAAAACACGCCUCCGUUAGCAUACACAAUUGCUUUUGUUGUUUUAUCCCUAAAGCUAAAUUAGCAUGGUGUAAUUACUUCUGCUACAAAAAAAGAAAAAAAAACAGUUAAAAAAAUAGACUUUGCUUUUCUCUUCAGAGGCAGAAAAUCAGAGCAAAUGCUAUGUUCAGAUGCAAGGCGUCUGUCUCUCUCCUGGCCUGAAUCCUUUAUAGAACUGAAGGGGGGGCAGUCUGUGGACAGAGAAGGUGAGGGUAAGAUUAAUCCUCCUGAGAAAGGCAGGAGAGAAGUCCAGCACAGCACUGGAGACUGCUCUCUGUGGCCUCCCCACUUCCCUGGGUGUGAAAUUGGGCUGCUCUUGUCUGACUAGAUCAGUGGCCUCCUAGUCCACCUUGGCAGUAAGUAGCUGACACUUCUCAACCCACCAAGCCACUGAUGCCUACCUACACACUGUCCCAACCCUUGGGGGAAGGCUUGGUUCUCUCUCUCUUUCACAUGCCUUGCCCUCCCUUGUAAAUUACCUUUGUAAGUUGCAUGGAAAAGAUGGCUGUGCUCUUGAUAGAUGCUUAAGGGACAAAGAAUUUGUUACUUAGAGUUAAAAUUGCAAGGAGAUGGCAUUCAUUAGCCAGGUUUUAAAUACAUGCCAGAGGCGCCCUGAUGUCUUCUAAUACAAUCUCCACAGGAGUCGUCCUUCCCUGGAGGCAGUGAGCAAAUGUAUCCAAGUCACCUGGGGAUGGCUUGGAUGCCAUGGUGUGUCCAUAGAAACUUCUAAAAAGUGGUUAACUCAAGUGACAAUAAGACCUGAUUCCUACCAGCUGACUACCUAAGAUCCUGCCUCCCUGAACCCAGCUCUCUCCCCCCAUGUAGACUCACUCACAUGGCACCUGAUUUCUCCAGGGAUGAACACUCUGCCUUGGUUCUCUGGUCUCUGUAGCUUGGCACAUCCCAUGAACCCGCCAAGGGUCAUACCCCAACUAGGCUUUCUCAAAAUCUAAAGAAGGGGUUCCUCCUGUUUUCUGGGCAACUCUUCCCACUGUCAGUUAUGUGGGUCUAAGAAAGAGACUUUCAUGGGCUCUACCCACAGAGCAGGGGUGUCCCAAUGUUUGGCUUCUCUGCGCCAUAUCAUUUACAAAGUUCACACACAUGAACCAUGCAAUCAUGUCACUGUAUAUAUAUAUAUAUAUAUAUAUAUAUAUAUAUAUAUAUAUAUAUAUAUGUCCAUGUGUGUAUAUACAAUAUAAUAUAUAUUAUAUAUCCCCCAAAAUCUCAUAAUGUUUCAAGCAAGUUUACAAUUUGGUAUGGGGCUAUGUGUUGAACACUCCUGAUGGUUACUUGUUUAUAAAAGCAACCUAAACCUGGUGGGUGUUGCCUUUGUGAUUUGCUUCAUGUCUGAUUUGGGAAGAUGUCCCUUCAUCAAAUGCAUGCCUUCAUGCAUUUGGGAAAAGGGACACUUUUCUCCACCUGUGCCACUCAGGAGGGGUUAUGAUUAUAGGGAAGCCAGUUGAGUGGUCUAGGAGCUUUGGUUACCCUGUGGAGGGUUAAAUAUAACUUUUCCACUAUCUGCAUUCUAGCUUCCAUGCCCCUAGGCUAAAUCUUCAAAUACCGCCACACACAUCCACAUACCCACACACGCACUGCUAGGGAGUCGGGGCUCUGCUUUAACCCUGUGUUUCUAAUCUACCGUACGGUUUCCUGUCCAGUUGACCAAGUUGUCUAACUUCCUCCCACUCCCCUGGGCAAUGGCUGAAGUUAGGUCUUGUCUAGUCUGCCCUGGUGUAGUCCUAGUGGCUCUGGGAAGCAUCUAAGAGUUGAAAGCGGUCUGCUUCUGAGAAGGUCAAGGUUGUGGCUGUGGGCUUUUCUCUCUGUACUCCUUGUUAAAAACCCCAGGAUAGAUGCCAGCAGCAGGCCCCACAUCUCUUCGCACAGUGCUGCCAUAAUUCAAGCAGUGGCUGCUUAGGCACCAUCCAGAAAUUCAAGAAAACCCCUAAUCCUGGAGAGAAUGUGGGCCUUCCCUACUUCCCCUUAGGAAACGAGCUUGCUUGUUGUUGCUGCUGCUGUCAGCUAUUAAUAGAAGUGACUUUUGGCGUGAUCAGCUUUUGUCUACUAAGGAAGGGUCCAAGACAACCUUCACCCCUCCUCACUCUAGAAUCCCCAACAGGGAAGUUUUGGGGUUCCCUCCAGAGGAAAUGCAGACCUCUUCCAACAGGAGGCCUUUCCUCCUCCUGACUGUGACUAAGACUGAGACAAGUUCACUCUGUCCCUUGAGUGAAGUGUGCUGUGGGUGGGUUCUGGCUGCGGGUGUCCAACCUCACCUGGAGCUGCUACCCUCUGAGCUGUGGACUGUGCUCUGCCUUUUUCCACCUGACCUGCACCAGGUUUACUUGGGGCCCCCAGCAGACAGACUGUGGCUGACUCUUGGGAUCUCCAGUCUGUGGAGGCUUGGCUGGUAGUCUGUGAGGCUGGAUAUGCCGUGCAGAGCACUCAGUCCUGGCAGGGUGUCCUCCCCUGUGUCUCCAAAGUCCUUCUUGAUUUCUGACACAAAGGCAGCUUUCAUUACACAGAGGCAGAGGUGACAGAAGGCCAGCCAGCUGCACCAGAUCCAGGGGCAAGGUAGGGCUGCCAAGGCAAGCUAGGUCUGAGGAGACCGGGGACAUCCAAGAUGCCAAGGGCCAGGCUGGGCACAGUUUCCUCAGGAGGUUUGCACCUUUUCUCAAUACAGCCUUGAUUUACCACAGGCUGAUGGAAACAGAGCCUCCUUUAAAACACUCCAAAAUGAGAACUUCAGAGGCCAUCCAGACACUACCCAGUGCCCACGAGACAUCUGUAGCAUACUGGGCUGAGCACCGCCAUCUUAGUUCAUUCUCUCUAACAGGCAGAGCAGGAGCAAGGCGUUGGAAAGCUGUAAAUAAUAAAUAUAUUUAUGCCGCUAUUUAUUUUUUCAAUAACUGUGACCUCCUGCACUGUGAAUGCUCUGUGAUAUGAGAUUCUUAGUUUAAUAAAACUGUCAUUAAAUUUGAA